AGUCCGGGCGCUGGCCAAUGGCGCGAGAGCUCCGCCGAGAGUAAUGUUAGAGAGCUGAAGACUGAAGACACUGCGUAUCGCCCGUGUUUCCUCACUCACAGCCAUUGCAGAGCAUUGAGAUCCAGCCAUAGUCCGUCGAGAUACUACCGUCAAGAUGGUGAGAGAGCCAGGAAAGCCAAGGGGCAAGAUGUCCUCCUAUGCGUAUUUUGUCCAGACCUGUCGGGAGGAGCACAAGAAGAAACACCCCGAAGCUUCUGUUAACUUUUCGGAGUUCUCCAAGAAGUGCUCCGAGCGAUGGAAGACGAUGUCUCUUAAGGAGAAGGGGAAAUUUGAGGACCUGGCCAGACAGGACAAGGCCCGCUAUGAGAAAGAGAUGAUGAGCUACAUUCCCCCCAGGGGAACCAAGAAGAAGAAGUUCAAGGACCCUAAUGCUCCCAAGAGACCCCCAUCCGCCUUCUUCAUCUUUUGUGCGGAGUAUCGCUCUAAGGUCAAAGGCGAGACCCCCGGUCUGACCAUCGGAGAUGUCGCCAAAAAACUGGGUGAGAUGUGGAACGGCACCGCUUCGGAGGACAAGCAGCCCUUUGAGAAGAAGGCGUCUAAACUGAAGGAGAAGUAUGAGAAGGACGUCGCAGCGUACCGCGCCAAGACCAUGCCGGCCGCGGCCGGGGCGCCCUCCGCAGCCAAGGCCCAGCCCAAGGUAGAGAAGAAGGUGGAAAACGACGACGAUGACGAUGAUGAUGACGACGAUGACGACUUUGAUGACGAUGACGAGUAGAUUGCGGACAUAUGUAGUGGUCAUUUUCUUGUUUAUAAAGCAUUUAACCCCCUUGUACACAGUUCACUUACUGAAAGAAAAUAUGUUAGUAUCCAAGGGGUAGAAAAAAAACAACAAAAAAGGCUGUGUAUAUCAGUUGUUUUUAUGCUGUACAGUUUUUUUCUCCUUUUUGUAUAGUUGACACUACACAAGUAUCGUGUCUAUCUUUCUGCCAGUCUUUUUUGUCUUUCUUUUUUUCGGUGAUAGUUCCUAGACCACCAUCCUGCCUGGUACAGUGUAAAGGGGUGGGCUUACAGUAUUUAGCCGAGCUAGUGGUGCACAGCACAUAAAAAGCGUUCUGACUUAGAUCUGAGUGUUUCUUUUUUUUCCCUUUUCCUGUGUUUUUAUUUUUAAUGACAUGUUAUCAAAAUUAACGUAUCACAGUUCUUUUACUGAUCUUUAUGUACCACUGUAAUAGCAAGAAUAAGAAAAAAAGCUUGUUGUUGGAAUUGAAAUUGCUUCGGAUGUCAAUAAACAUUUUUCUUUUUUUUUUAAAUAAAUCUGUAUUGUGUGCGGUG